ACUGACUUUCGAUACCGAAAGUGCCAUUGAACGCACUCGCGCAAUGACAGCAGGAGAAUUCGAAGAUGCGUUCGAAUGUGUAGGUGAGAAGUGAGUUCAGGAGUAUAGGCGGGAAAAAUAAAUCGAGAUAGAUUGUAAACAAAACAAAGAUUGUGGAAUUUCAAUGCAAGUAGUAUCGUUUGGUGAUCAGAAGAAAAUUAAAGCUAAGUUCGCAGUGGUUAUUGUUGAGUUUGAAUACUUACCCUAAAUUUACGUGCUAAGGUAGGCCUAAACACCAAAUUGAAUUGCGUAACGCAAAUAAUAAUUGAAAAUUAUCCCAAUCUAGGCAUUUGCAACUUUAGUACGAAGGCGCGAAGUGAAACUGCGCAGGGAAGUUGAGCACAGGCUACAAUACCACGCAACGAAGCGUUUUCAAUUAGGAAUCGCCAGAUUGAACCGAAAUCGAAUUGAGGUGUAGGGACUAGCAGCGGAAAAUAGCUGGAAUCGAGACGGAAGUAAGCGAUAGGAAGUUCACUAAACGUAAGCUUGAAAAUUGUUCUUAGUGUAUUCCAAAAUUAAUUUGUAUUCAAAUCGUAGGAAUUUAAAACGUGUCCCGGUAGAGCUUCGAACGGACAAAUAAAAGGGAACGUUACGAAUCCGAAAACAAACUUUCGUUGUUACCACGAUCCGGAAGUAACAAUUUACAUUUUAAAUUCGUUUACGAAAAUGUCCGAUUCAGCCAGCACCGCAGCCACUGCUGCCCAAAAAGGUAAGAGCUUAGCGAGUAGUUCCCCUAAGGCGAAAAGUGAUACCCCCCCUCAACUCAAGUCCGUUGCUCUUGGCCCUAACACUGAGAACGGCAAAUCGAAACCAGGCACGACAAAAACCAAAAAGAAAACCUCUUCCGAAAAACAAUACCCUAUAGCCAAUAACAAUACUAGCCAUACUUCCUCCGCGAACACGGUCGUUAAUGUCGGUCACAGUUGUGGAACCUGUAAGUCGGUCGAUAACAGCCAGAUGGUUCAGUGCGAUGAUUGUGAUGGAUGGAACCAUUUUAGUUGUGUGGGAGUGAACCAAAGUGUGGAGAAUAGAAAGUGGAAUUGUGCACAGUGCCAGGCGAAGCAAAAGAAGAAGAAGACGGGUGCUACGAAGGUUGCCAGGAACACCGCUGCAGCGAAGAAGGUCGAAAAGUCGAGGCCGGAGAAAACCAGCGACGGGAAGAAGAACAAGACUUCAUCAGCGAUGAAAGAGAUGGAAGAUUCUUUGCCGAGGAAACCCGUGGGAACCACGAAACCACCCAAAGCAGCAUCUGUUAAGUCAGCGGGAUCGAGAAGGUCGGCGAAAGCGCACUUGGAGCUGCAAUUGCAGAAACUCGAAGCAGAACAGAAGCUGCUAGAAGAGAAAAAGAAGCUGAUGGAGAAACACUUCAGCAUUCUGGAGGAGUUGGUCGACCUGGAGGAUGAAGAAGACGCCGAUGAAGAGGAAGUGGACGCUGAUACUAAGGUGCAGAACUGGUUAGGCGCCACUGGUGGAAGGCGCCAAGAAGAAGAAGAGGAAUCUCCUAGUGCGGAUGAAGAAGAAGAGUGCUCCGACGACGAAGAAGAGGAAGAAGGUGGAGAAAUGGAUUCCAGCGAUGAUUCCGAGGAGGAAACGGUGACAGACAGCAGCGAUGACUCUAGUGAGGACGAAAAGGGAGGAACUAACGAAUCCAGCUUCAAUCCUAAGGGUCGUUCUACGCCAGCAAAGAAAGGCGAAAACAGGCGAAAAGACGUAACCAGUAGCCGGUUAACUUGUAACCUGACGCGCAAUCAGCUCGCCGCUCGCCACGUUGUCGCUAAGGACUUGCCUGCGUUCUCAGGGAAUCCCGAGGAAUGGCCGAUGUUUUUCUCCACUUUUUGA